AUGGAAAGGAACGACUUAGAACUAGCAAAGUUUAUGGGACAUACAAGCAAAACACAUGAGGAAUAUUAUCGUUUGCCCGAUGACGUUUACCAAACGGCUAAAGAAAGUAAAUUACUACUUCUUUCAAUACAAUGCGAGUUAAAAAAAUAUAAGAGAAAACGACUAGAAGAUAUUCAAAUUAAUGACAUGGUGGUAGAAGAUGAAAGUGAUGAAGAAGUGUACAUCACAUUUAGAAGAACGGAUGAAUUUUUUUCGACAGUAGACCAUUCAUCAUUAAAACAUCCAUCAGCAUCCGCAACACCAGAUCAGCCGUCAACAUCUUCAACCCCCACAUCAAUAGAUCAUCCUUCCAGGUUACUAAACUACUUCAUCGCACCAGAAAAACAGCCUUCAACAUCCUCAACAGCAGAUCAGCCGUCAACAUCUCCGACCCCGACACCGGCGAACCAGACAUCGAAAACAACAACUCCAAUCAAGAAAGGUAAAAAACUUCAAAAACCCCACGAAUGUGUAUUGUACACCGUACACCAGAUUGACAAAAACUUCGAUGAAAAAUAUGCUACUUUUAUUAAUUCCCAUCAAGAGAAUUACGAAGUUUAUAAAAAAUACAUAAUAGAAUAUCAAAAAAUAGCUUAA